AUGGCGAGACAGGACGGGUUUAAAGUGAAGUUGAUAGACACUCACUACGUCGAGACUGAUCUGAGGAGCUUCAAAUCCGUCGUCCAAAGCCUUACGGGCAAAGAUGCUAGCGUGAAAUGGAUGGAAGAGAGUUCGUUCUCGGCCAAGAACUCUUACAAGAAAGCCAAGGCCGGAAUGGCGCCCGGUAAUGUUUCCGAUCACCGACAUCAACACCAUCGUAGUGUGGAUCUCGUCGGAGGUUCUGUCUCGGUCUCGAAUCAUGCUAUGUCGAUAAAUAGAGAGUUCGAUGAUAGAAUGAAUUUAGAAGGUAUUCCCAUGGAGGAGUUGCAAUGGUUGUGGUCUAAGUAG